AUGGCGGGCGGACUGCUGCGUGUUCUCGUGCUUCUGUGUGCGGCGGCGGCGGUCGCCCGGGCACAGGUGUGGUACAGCCACGGGAAACCGUCAGGGACGUGGAUCAGUACAGCGAUGGCCCCAUUGACACACUUUGAAGGGAAGAAGUGGUUCGGCGUGGGGGCAAAUGGAUAUCUGUAUGAGAGGUAUGAAAACCCCUCCGGUACCUGGCUGUGGGUGAACCACGGACGCCCUUCGUCUGGUCGGUAUAACUCCGCCUGUUCUAAUGUGCACAAGCUUACGCCGGCACUAAAGGCGAGGACCUUCGUGGUGGGAUCGAACAGACAUCUGUAUGAGCGGUUCUGGGAAUGGGGUACACCGGGUUCGUGGACCUGGCGAUGGCACGGGAGGCCUCCUUCAACUCAUGUGGCCAGUAUAAAAACCACAAGCUACAUAAUAACGCCAUCUGGUUACAGCUUUGUGUUCGUGGUGGGCACGAAUGGAAACGUUUACAGGCGGUUGACACAUCAGAACGGAGGCGGCUCCUGGUACAACGUGGGCAGGCCUGCGGGAAAAAUCGUUCGGAGAAUUCACGCAACUCAUAAUGGAUACCUGUGGGCCGUCACUACUGACGGGUCUGUUUGCAGGUGGCAGGGUGGGUGGCCAUGUUUUUCCCUGACCAACAGAAAAAUCCUGGACUGCUCGGACCCGUUUUUCGUCAGCAGCGGGAGAUCCAUGUUCUGCAUCACCCAAACCGGCAUCAUCCAGGGAUCGUCUGGAUACGGGCUGUACCAGCUUACUGUGAGUGGUUCUCCCCCCACUGCGACUUGGGUCAACCACGGAGUCCCCACAAUGCCGUUCUACUACUCGUUCGUGGACAGGCCGAAUGUCGUCUUCACAGGUGGCAGCGGCUUUUAUAACUUUGGUGAAACCCCAAAGAGAGUUUUCGUGUCUUCUACCAUUGGCGUGUUCGAACUGCGCUUAUAGAGGGUACCCUUUCUGAUACCUACCCCUUGACACAUAACUCUGACCUGGAACGACAUACGAUUUUAAUUUUGGAUAACGAUUCUUUUUUCGACUGCAAGGAUUUAGUAUAUUGUAUUUUUACUGUUGCCCACUUAGUUUCGUGUAUGGUUAGUGUUAUUAUUACCCCUUUCCCAUGGAAACCACAUUUCAUAAGGCCCAAACGUCUUUGACACAAAAGGAAUAAAGCAUAGAGAAAAAUUCGAAUUGUGUCGCAUUAGAAGGAGGGGAUCCGUUUUUUCCUUAAAGUCAACAAUGUUAAACUAAUCAUGGGGUCAAUUAUUUCACCCUGUGCUGAGACUUUUUCAAUUCAAACAUAACCAAAAACUUGGGAUUACUAAAGGCUGGACCAUUAUGCAAACAGAAGCAAAUUUGAUCAGACAUUUACAGUAAGAAGACGAGAAAAAAUUCACAAUUGAGAAAUUGCAAAAGCGACCAAACCAGUUGUCAAAUUGCAUACACACCGCUGUAUGUUAUAGCUAAAGACGUUCUAUAGAGCGUUAUUUGUUUAAGUCGCGUGAUUUUCACUAUAACAUAUUAUGUAUGUACUGCAUGCUGAG